AUGGCGCCUAACAUGUCCCUUUUCUCCAUCAAUGCUAUCAUAAUCCUCAAUUCUGAAGACGGUUCCCGAGUGUUCACCAAAUACUACAAGCCUCCCCACCACAACUCCUCUUCACCAGCAGCACCAUACCCUGACCAAAAAUCGCAAAAAGCAUUUGAGAAAGGCCUUCUCGAGAAAACCCAAAAGCAAACCGCAGACAUCAUCCUCUACGAUAGCCGUAUUGUGCUAUAUAAGAGUGAGAGCGAUGUUAUGAUGUAUGUGGUUGGAGGGGUGGACGAGAAUGAGAUUAUGCUUUACAAUGUCAUUCUGGCUUUGAGGGAUUCUUUGCAUUUAUUAUUUAAGCAAUCGGUAGAUAAGCGCACCAUAAUCGAAAACUACGAUCUCCUUUCUCUAGCAGUCGACGAGAUGGUUGAUGACGGUAUUAUCCUCGAAACAGACCCCACGAUCAUUGUACAAAGGGUUAGCAAGGCGCCUACGCAAGAUGUAGCGCAAUUGAAGGGUAUUGAUUUGAGUGAACAAGGCAUGAAUAAUCUGGCACAGUUUGGAAAAGCCAAGUUAGGGGAUUGGUUGAGACAGGGUCUGUGA